AUGACCAACCAACAUCAGCAGGAGCAGCAGCAGCAGCCGGGGCAACAGCAGCAACAGCAGGCGAUUGCAAUUACUAUUCGGGACACAUGCACCACGUCUGAGGGCGUUACGGGCGAACGGAAAGUGAAGCUAAUCGUCAAUCGAUCGUCCCCGGUGUCUGCGCCACCAGCCGGUCGAUCGAAUCGUAACCUUACCGAUCUUGUCCCUGCGCCCGUUCCGACCAUGUCCAUACCGUCAUUGCCACAAAGUCUGGACGCUAGUCCCCAUCACCCGCAACAGCAGCAACCGCAGCAGCAACAACCCCAGCAGCAGCAAUCGCACCCAAACCAGCACCAACAACUUCAGUACCAGUACCAACUGCACCAGCAACAGUAUCAGCUACGGCAGCAGCAACAGCAGCAGCACCAACAUGACCUAUUCAUGAUCGUCAGUAUUUGCCUUGGUUCGUUCAUCCUCAUCUUCGCGAUCGUUUACUUCGUAAGGAAAUUCUUUCAGGGUGGUCAAUUUAAGAACAAAGAUAUCCGGCUUGAUGCGAAGGUCGUCAUCAUCACGGGUGCCAAUGCGGGAAUCGGAAAGGAGGCCGCCAUUGAAUGUGCCAAGCGAGGAGCACGUGUUUACAUGGGCUGUCGGGAUCCGGCCCGGAUGGAGAAAGCUCGCCAGGAGAUACUGGACAAAUCUGGCAGCCAGAAUGUGUUCGGGCUCGAGCUGGAUCUCGCAUCGUUCGAGUCAAUCCGCGCCUUUGUCAAGACCUUUCUCAGCAUGGAGCGACGGCUGCACGUGCUGAUCAACAAUGCGGGCGUGAUGGCGUGCCCGAAGUCCUACACCAAGGAGGGCUUCGAGAUGCACUUCGGCACCAACCAUUUGGGGCACUUUCUGCUUACGAACCUGUUGCUGGACGUGCUGAAACGUUCCGCGCCCAGCAGGAUCGUGACGGUUUCUAGUCUCGGUCACAAGUGGGGACGCAUCGACAAGGAUGACAUCAACGCGGAGAAGGACUACGGCGAGUGGGAUGCAUACACGCAGAGCAAGCUGUGCAACAUUCUCUUCUCACGCCAUCUGGCCAAGCGGUUAAGUGGUACCGGUGUCAACACGUACGCGCUACACCCGGGAGCGAUCAAUACCGAGCUAAUGCGACAUCUUAAUCCAUGCCUCAGAACAAUGGCGAAGCCUGUUUUUUGGGUGUUCUUUAAGACGCCCAAAUCCGGCGCCCAGACAACACUGUACUGCGCGAUGGAGCCAACGAUUGCAUCCCAGACGGGUCUGUACUACAGCGACUGUAAGCAGAAGGAACCGGAACCGCACGCGAAGGACGACACAAUGGCGGAAUGGCUUUGGAAUCUGAGCGAAAGGUUGACCGGCCUCUCCCAAUGA